AUGUCCGACACCGAGGAAGUGACCCUCGAGCACCUCCCCGAGCUCCUCAAAAACGACAAUGCCGUCAAAGUCGCAGGCGUAGACGUAGACGGUGUCUUGCGCGGCAAGCUUAUGGCGAAGAAGAAGUUCCUCUCCAUAGCGCGGGAGGGCUUCGGCUUCUGCAGCGUUAUCUUCGGCUGGGACAUGCACGACCAAACCUACUUCCGCGAGCUGGGCAUCUCGAACAAGGAGAACGGGUACCGCGACGUCAUUGCGAUACCAGACUUGUCGUCGUUCCGCAGAAUACCGUGGGAGAACAAUGUACCCUUCUUUUUAAUAUCAUUUCAUGACCCGGACACGGGUGGGAGUCUGAGCGCGUGUCCGAGGAGCAUAUUGAAAAGGACCGUGGACAAGCUGAAGGGGAAGGGCUAUGGAGCAAUGGCUGGUGCCGAGUACGAAUUCUACCAGUUCAGAGCGCCGCAGAGCCACGACGGUCCCGAACGCAACUCCUCAUCCACAGCAUCGUUCCUGAAGGAAAACCCUGUAAAUUCACUUCCUCCGCUCACAGAAGGUAUGUUCGGCUACAGCAUAACGCGGCCGGUCCACAACCAGGACUACUACUACGGCGUCUUCGACGCAUGCGCCCAGUUCAACUGUGGCAUAGAAGGAUGGCACACAGAAUCCGGUCCCGGUGUAUUUGAAGCCGCUCUCGAAUUCGGCGAAAUAACCGCCAUGGCAGACAAAGCCUCCCUCUUCAAGCUCGUCGUCAAGUCACUCGGCUCCAAACACGGUAUAACUCCCUGCUUCAUGGCGAAACCGCGCGAAGGCCUGCCAGGCAACUCCGGUCACAUGCACGUUUCCAUCGUCGACGACUCCGGCAAAAACCUCUUCUACCGCGGCGAAGAAGACGCCUCCCCACCCUAUCCAGACGUGCGCUUCCUAAGCGAUCUCGGCCGCCACUUCCUCGCAGGCCUGAUCGACGGCCUCCCAGACAUCAUGCCCAUCCUCGCGCCUAACGUAAACAGCUAUAAACGCCUGGUUGAGAACUUCUGGGCGCCCGUGACGGUGAGCUGGGGGCUGGAGCACCGCGCCGCUAGCAUACGUUUGAUUUCCCCGCCGACGUCUUCGGGAAAGGCAACGCGCUUCGAAGUCCGCGUCCCGGGCGCGGAUACGAAUCCGCAUUUUGUGCUGGCUGCCAUCCUGGCACUAGGCUGGCGCGGUAUCGAGAAGAAGAUGAAGAUUGCUAUACCACCACUGGGCAAGGGCGAGGAUGUGGGCGGGGAGAGCGAUAAGGGUGUCAGACUGGCGAAAAGCUUGAAGGAGGCGACACAGAGGUUUAUGAGCAAGGAUAGCGUGGCGAGAGAAGUUUUCGGCGAUGAGUUUGUGGACCACUACGGAGGAACAAGGGAACACGAGAUUAGGCUGUGGGACGAAGCGGUUACCGAUUGGGAGGUGAGACGGUACAUUGAGACGGUGUAA